AAAUAUUUAUGAAUUUAUAUUUUCAGAUUUUAUUUCUCCGAAACCGACACAAAAAUGGUUCACCAGGUGGAAAACUCUGAGGAUUUUGCCAACCAGCUUCAACAAGCUGAAGAUAAACUAGUUGUCGUGGACUUCUUCGCCACAUGGUGUGGUCCUUGUAAGAUGAUUUCACCACAUAUUGAGGAAAUGUCUAAAAUAAUGGAGGACGUCGUCUUCUUGAAGGUUGACGUGGAUGAGUGUGAGGAGAUUGCUCAGGAAUACAAGAUUACCGCUAUGCCGACCUUUAUUUUUAUCAAAUCAAAGGAAAAGGUUGGAGAACUGACCGGAGCUAACGUGGAUAAAUUGAAGGAGAUGGUGGCAUCCAACAAAUAGAUUCUAGAUCCAGCAUGAAUUCUUCAUCUACUAAUCCUCACUCCGUUCUCAUUGAGAAGAAAAAAUCCCGUUUGAUAUAUAUCACAAUCUGUUAUAGUAUGUUACAAAACAAUGCAGUGAUGAAUUUGUUCCUUUUAAUUCCAAUAAAAUUCUUUGUGAAGCUGGUAAAGAACUCGCUAUUGGUGGGUUAGCCAUGAUAAAUGUCCAGCUCACUAAUAGCUCAGUUGCUUAGCCCAUAUCUAAGGCAUUAAUUUAGUGUAUGUUCAUCAUUUUAAUUAUUUCAGA